AUGUCUGAUAAUUUAAAAAGAGCUGAGUCAUUAUUCAAUAGAAUAAUGAACCAGAAUGCCGAUUCGUCAGUUAGUUCAUCGCCAUCUUCAACACCUGUUCAAAGCUUCCAAUCGUCGUUUCCACCAAGAUCGAAAUUUCAUCAUAGUAAUCACAGCAGUAGUAACAGUCAAGUGAGUGAGAGUGGAACCGGUAACAAUGAACAACAUCUGCAUCUGCAACACCAUUCUGGUCAUAGUUCCCACCAUCAUCAACAAGGUUCUAGUGGACAUAUGCCAUCACAAGAAUUGGCUAAAUUGCCUAAAUUGGAUGUGGCUAAAUUGACUGAAGAAGCAUUGGCAACGGUAUCAGAAAACGAUCAUGUUUUGCCCUAUUGUUGGACUGUAUGGCAUCAUUCUAGGAAUAAAAAACAACAAUUGCAACUACAUCAACAACAGCAACAUCCACAAGAGUUAAGUACGACUGACUCUGCAACGGCAACUACUACCACUGAUGGCAAUAAUUCCACCACAUUGCAGCAACCAGGUGUUGAUACAUAUUUACAAACUACAAAUCAAUUACAAUUUACAGAUUUAAAUAAUAAAUCAACUACGAUUUCCCAUAUUGCAUCAAUUGAACAAAUGUGGACAAUGUUAACAUCAAUCAAGACCAGUUUUAAUUUAAAUAUUGGUACUGAGUUUCUUAUUUUCAAGAUUGGUGUGAAUCCAGUUUGGGAAGAUCCUUUAAACGCUAAAGGAGGUCGUUGGAUAUUUCGAUUUAGUAGAAAGGCACAAGAUCAUCAUCAUCAUCAUCAUCAAAAUAGAAAAGAUGCAACUACAAUAAGUGAUGCAUCGUUGGCUUCUCAAACACAGUCAAUUGAUAAAUUAAGGAAAAGAUCAGCAUUGAUUUGGGAAAGAAUAGUGAUUAAGAUUUUGACAGGUAAUUUCAUACCUUUGACUCAUGCUGCUGAAAUUCAAAAUGUAUUACAUAAUGAUAUAUGUGGGAUUGUGUUGAGUGUACGCAAAGAUGAAGAUAUAAUAUCUGUUUGGAACUCCAACUUGAACUUUAAAAAACAACAGCAACAGCAACAGCAAGGUGUAGCAGAGGGCAAUAAGAAACCAUUAACUCCAUUCCAAGCAAGACGUAUCAUAUGCGAUGCGAUAUUGAGAGUAAUUAGAGAAUGUGAUGAGAUUUUACUGGGAGCUGAUUCUAUCAAGACUGUUGAUAGCGGAUCAAACGAACGUGUUGGUGGUGUUAGUUUUGAAUAUAGAUUACAUGUCGAAUCACCAUUGAAUAUGGAAGGAAAGGGAGAAAGAAAGUCUAGGUACGGAGGUGGAAAGUAUACCAGACUGAAUAAUUCUAAUAACAAUAAUAACAACAACAACAAUAACAAUAACAAUAACAAUGAUCAUAAUAGUAACGGUGCUAGUGGUAGAGUAACAAAGGACUAG